GGAGCAGUAUCGCUGGCCGUGAGGUAAAAUGGCGUCGGGUGCCAUUUCCAUGGACUUGAAGAAAAUAUCAGAAUUAAGAGUUGUUGAUCUGAAAUCUGAGCUCAAACGAAGGAAUUUGGACACUGCUGGCGUGAAGAGUGUCCUUGUUGCACGAUUGAAACAGGCUGUUGAAAAUGAACAGGCUGAUGCAGACUCCACUCAAACUCAACUUUCAUCUGAUACAUCCACCCGGGAAGGAGGAAAAUCUAAAGGAAAAAAAAUGGAUUCAGAAGCUGAUGUCACAACAGAAGAGGAGUCCUCUCCAAAGACUAUUGAAGACGAUGACUUGGAAAAAGAUGUUACUGGUACAGGUGAUGGUACACGUGAAAAUUCUAAACCUGCAGCCUGUGAGGACUGCCUCGCUGAGCCUGAGGCAGCGGCUCUGUCUGAGGCGGAACCAGAAUCUGAAGCUGUGAUGGCAGAUGCUGAUUCAGAACCUGAGGUGGAGGCUGAGCCUGAUGACGAGAUGGAGGCUGAGCCGGAUGACGAUGCAGAGCUCGACCCUGAGAUGGACGCUGAGCCAGAGGGUGAUGCGGAGCUUGAUCCCGAGAUUGAUGCUGAACCAGAGGUGGAAGACAAUGCAUCGGAGACUGAUGCUGAAGCGAUGAAUUCCUCUAAAGAAGCUGAGGAUGAUCACCUAUUUGUCUCAAUCCCAAACGAAGAUGCCAUUACCCUAGAUGUUGAUGGUGACGAUCUACUGGAAACAGGUAAACAUGUGAAACUUCCAGAUUCAGAGGGCGAGAAGUGCACUGACGAGCCAGAGGCCUCUGCUGAGAUGGACCUAGGUGAUGACAUCAAAGUGGAAGCGAUGGCGAGCCAUAGAGAUGGUAAGAGGGAUGAUUCAUUCAAGAUUGAGCACAUGAAGGAGUCCUUGAAGAAACCAGAAACUGGAGAUAAAGAAAAGGAUUCUGGGAACAAAGGCCCCUCCACUACUGGGCUAUCUGGUCAAGCAAAGAGUUCUUCAAAAGACAGAGAUGGAAAAGCUGCAAUAGAUGAAAAGGGUCUUGUCAGUGGUAGCAGUAAUAGCAGCUCCUCUUGUAACCUGUGGGUCAGUGGCCUGUCUUCUAAUACUAAAGCAGCUGAUCUGAAGAAUCUCUUCGGAAAAUAUGGGAAGGUUUUAAGUGCCAAAGUGGUUACAAAUGCUCGCAGUCCAAGUUCAAAGUGCUAUGGUUUGGUGACACUGUCUUCUAGUACAGAAGUGACACGGUGCAUCUCCCACCUAGACGGCACAGAGCUCCAUGGACUGAAGAUUUAUGUGGAAAGGGCUAAAAACGAUCCUUUCAAAAAGGAACCCACCAAGACAGAAGUGGAGGACAAAACAAGUGAAAAGCACAGUUCUGCAGUGAUAAAAUUGACGAGCAAGUCACAGCCAUCUCACAAAAAAGAUGAUAAGAAAUCAGAUAAAUUGUCAGAAAGGGACAAUGAGUCACCCAAGAAGCAGGAGACUAAAAGUGGAAAAUCUGAGCCAAUUUCAUCAACCUCAGGCCAAGAUUCCUUGAAGAAAGAUGACAGAAAACAUGGACGUACAAAGAGUCCAGGGAAGGUGGCAGAUAAUCCUGCCAAACAAGAUUCUAAUCCUGGUGUUAUUCGACCUUUCAGAAGGGGAAGAUAUUUUAAGAAACCUUAUCUCAGCACGAAUAUGCAGAGGCGACGGCCCAAAUGGUUUAACCCUCCCGGAGAGAUGAUGACAGCCAAAGAGGGCAGCAACGAAAUCUUGUCUUUUGACAAGGUGAAGGAACAGCGGAUGCGCGAACGAAUGGCUCGUGUGGAACGAGCCCGCAGGGCUAUGGAUUUGCGCAGGCGAAGAGAAGUUGCAGAACGAGAACGUCGUGAGCAUAUUCAGCUGACACGAGAGCAUCAAGAACGAGAGAAUCUGCUUCGGGAACGCCACAGACUCGAAAUGGAAAGACAAAAACUAGAAAGGGAACGCAUGGAGAGGGAGAAGCUUGAAAGGGAGAGACUCCGUAUAGAACAGGAACGGCGUAAAGAAUCGGAGCGCUUGGCACGCGAACGUGAGCAGCUUCGGAGGCAACAUGAGCAGCUUCGGUUUGAGCAAGAGAAAAGGAAUAACCUUAAACGAGGUCGUGAAGUGGAACACAGUCGCAGGGUUGAACCGUAUUGGAAUACCAACAAGAAGAUGCAGUCUGAGUCUAAUGUUCGUUUAAACCAGGCCUCCAACUACAACAGACAGCAGAACCGCUUUGCAAACUUCAACCCACGAGAGAGAGGUCGCUUUCCAGAUGUUGCUGCUGAACAGUCCAACACAUUUGACAGACGUAAUCGAUUUGACAGUGAGCCAGAAGCAAAGAAGAGUCGCCUUGCUCCUCACAGUUCUGGGUUUGAGCGUUACCCAAAGAACUUUAACACAGUUCGUCGAGAUCAGCCACCACCUCAACGAACUGAGCUUCGAGAUACUGACCACAGAGAGGAGAGACGGCCUGUGCUGGUGCACAGUCGCCCUGUUGCAUCCAGAACUGCGAUGCCAACCAUUUCACACAACCGCCCAGGCAGAGAUGGAGGGAAUGGAUGGAAGAACGAUAACCGCAUACACGCCAACAAGGGGGAGAUACGGAGUGGAGGGAUGCGUCUGCAUGCAGAGCGCUCUGAAAGAGAUGUCCCAGUGCUCAGAGGGCCCUCAAGCAGCCGUGCCAGGACUGGGUUUAAUGACCGUGGAGGGGGAAGACCCAUAGUGAUGGGUGACCAGCCAUUUAGCUCUGGCCGCCAGGUGGUGGUGGAACGCCACACCAGGGAUCAGGGAAUGAGGAAGGAUUGGCACAGUGGAACAAGUUCUCAAAGCGGAGGUUUCAUGGAAAUCCGCAGAAUGGGACCCACCCGAAGCACUAUGAUGGCUCCAUCCUCAAGUCAUUCUUCGUCUGGCAUGAGCCGAAUUGUACAGAUCACCAGCAACUCCGUUGCCAGUAGUGAUAACAUGGGGGGAUUUAAGCCCUUCAAAGGAAUGCAGCGCCAAUUCUAACAGCAGCCAUGUUGUACCAGGGAGAAGCACCUCACAAAUGUAUACUUGCGUUUUUUUCCCUACUGUUAGCACAUUUGUGACCAUAAACACUUUUUAAAUUGUUUUUUCUCAGUGUAGGAUUUUCCCAGCAGUUCUGCUGUUACCAUACGUAACCUUGUGCACAAGUUGUGUUUAGAACGGCAUUGUUCAGCUUAUGUCCUUCCAGCAGUUUCAUGUGACAUUAUACUUUAUUCUGUAAAUUGUGCGUGUAAAAUUUUUGAUAGCCUUUCAUUGGCUUUUUUCUUUUUUAAUUAUAUUUUUUGGUCUUGUUUCAAACUUAAGAAGUUCAUAAUGAAUGAAAAUGCUCUAAAUACUUUUUUAUGUUUGUGUGAAUGUCAUCUUUGAUAAAAGUUCUUGUUUGCUGAAAUGUUGAACUGUAUUACAGUGGAUACUGUAAAUUCAAGGCGAGUGUGGUCACAAUGCUUUUGUCUCUAAAAUAAAAUGACAUUCAAAGCUGUUAUUGUAAGAUU